UCAGUCCGCCGUGUAGAAGCCUUCUAAAGGAAUUUACCAUGAGAUCAUGCUUUCUGUAGAUUCUUGCAGUGCCACGGUUUCUUUCUUUCUUUCAUGUUUUGUUUCGUUUGAUUGUCAUUAUUUUUCCGAAUUACCAUGUGGCAUCUUUAAAAGUCUGUGUUGUUUCCUGUUAAUACUUUGUAUGGGUUGUUUAUUUGUUUGUCGUUUGUUUGUUGAUGAACACAGCGAGGUUCAGGCGCCCAGGAGAGUGCAUGGGAACGCAGAAAGGAAUUGUGGGAGUUUGUUUGCGUUUGUGCGUCACGUUCGUCCGACAGUUUGUCUGUGCUAGUGCUAUAGAAGCUUUGUGUCCUUAUUGAAUUGUGUGUUAGGUGUUUAGAUGUGGAGAAAGCGCUUUUCUACCACAUGGUCGGUGUUUCCCUUUCUUCUUCUUCUUCUUCUGUCUUCCUCUUUAUUCAAAUGAACGCAUUUGAUUAAGACCCAUGAAUAUUCAUUAAAAAAAAAAAUAAUAGUAAUACAUUGACCAGGCAUAACACAAACGUUGACAGGGUCAAAUAAUUGGGGGGGAAAAAAACAAAAAACCACCGUCAAUCAGAGGUAGGAAAUUGUUGGCUCUUGGCUUUACGUCAGCAUUACAUGCGUAUGACGUUUUAAUGCCUUGCCAGCUUUCCUUUCUCUGAUCUGAACAGUCCUCCCACAUCCCAGUGUCUGGCUAUGUUUAGAUAUGUGCAGAUGUACUGUAGAGCUGUCUCUCUAAGGGAGCUUGUAUGUGUGUGUGUGUGUGUGUGUGUGUGUGCGCGCAUUUCUUCACAGAAUGUCAGUUUAGUUCUGGGUUGAAGAUGCCGUCUGGACGCCUCAGUACUCUUACACCACUCCGUACUCAUUCGAGCAUCUUAUAUCUUCAAACAUUCCAUGAAAACGAUUGAAAGGCUGUCUUACAGAGUGAGGGGGGAAAUGCCAUAGAAGUAAAAAAAAAAAAAAAAAAACUCAAUCAUGCCUUACAACUCAGAUUAACUGCUCGGUCAGCUUUCAUAACACUGAAUAAAUCUACAUCUUUAGUGUGUGUGUGUGUGUGUGUGUGUGUUCAGGAGUGGGGUUAGAGAAUGAGGUGUCUGCAAGCUCCACCCAGAAGUACUAAGGUGAAGCGUUUCCUUUCUUUUUUUCUGCCUCUCCUGUUUUUUUGGCCGAGCGGACUGUGAUUUAAUUGGUUGAUAUGUUUUCCUGUCUGCCCCCAGCCCCACCCCUCUGUGUGUGUGGGGUGGGUGGAGCUAUGGAGCUGAGCUCUUACUAUGUUCUAUGAUAAAUCAAAUCAAAAUAAACAAUCAUUUGUACAAACACCUGCGAGUAUGACGUGUCCUUUUGCACUUAUUCGUCUGCCGAUACAAUCGUGGCAUAUCUGCGCUCACCAUCCACUUUAUUAGGAACACCUGUACACCUGCUCAAUCAUGUAGCAGCAGCACAAUGCAUAAAAUCACGACGAUACUGGUCAAGAGCUUCAGGCAAUGUUCACGUCGAUCGUCGGAAUGAACAGACGGUGUGAUUUCUGUGACUUGGGAUUUUCACACACAGCAACAAACAAACAAACAUACAUCCUGUGAGUGGAGGGUCUGAUUGGAUAGCAAGCAGGUGUAUGAGUGUUCCUAAUAAAGUGAAUGGUGAGUGUAUAUACAGGAUUAAAUCUUCAGUGUUGAUGGGCUGAAUUAAUCAUGCACCAAAUGAUUUAAUGAUUAGAAGAUUUGCUGCACAUAACAAAUUUCAGAGGGAGUUUUGCAACCAUUUGCGAACCAGUGUACCGAUAAUACAAUACACUCUGCCAAGUAAUACAUUUGAACCAAUUGGUCAUGCUCGGUCAGUAUUAAGAGUGAGCAUGGUGUUAAUUUCAGCAUGGCACAUUCAUUUGUUACAGUGUAGCAAAUAGUUUGGAUUUGUUAGCUACAAAGUGUGUGUGUGUGUGUGUGUGUGUGUUCAAAUAGCAAAUCACAAAACAGCAGGUGCUCUACCUGUCUGGCUGAGAGUGGUCAUAACCGCUGCUUCGAGACAAAAGGAAAACUGGACAAUGGAAAUCAAUGUUAAAAGAGCCAUGCAGGAAAACAAUGUCAGUGAAGAGAGCGAGUCACACUAUAAUACCCACACACACACACUCAGAAGCACACUGAGCCAGGUUCCUGUAGACAAGGACUGUGCUGUUGUCCUUUCCUGCGCUGUAGCAGACGGCCAAAUCCACCCAGCGCGACGGGAGCCCCAGCUUACAUCACAUUACUCUAUUAAUAGACUCACAUUGUACACACCUUUACUUUCCCCCCUUCUGUCGCCGUAUUCUCAAGUACAUACUCCCAUCUUUCACUCGCACUCUUUCAUUCGGUUCUUCCUAAUUACUUAAACUCACUCUUUAGAGCUAUUAAGUGCAGGACCGGUGCCAUGAAACCUCCGCCCCUUUAUUUCAUCAGCCGGAACCGUGGAGCCUGCAACCCACAUCUUCUCUUUCACUGCAGCACAGAGGGAUAAAGAAGCGAAUGUUCUCUGUUUUGACAUCAUAACAUGACAGUCCAGAGAAAUUGCAAGAGAACACUGUAUAAUUGCGAAACACUUGCACAGACACGCAGACUCUGGCAGCAGGCCUCCAGGACAGAUGGGAACGACGGGACCGUACGACGAGGGGAGAAGGAAAAACUGCGAGAUGAGAAGAAAUGUGAGAAUCGCAGAGGAUUUGCCGAGAAGGAAAGCGGGUUUGAUUUGCGCGAGGAAUAGAAAGAUAAUCCAGGAUACGGUCGGUUUCAGACGUAUUAACACUCUUUGAAAAGAAUUUAAGGAAGCACGAAUGUUAAAUAUGUUCGUCGUUCAUGACCAUGAGAAAGAAAAAGCAAAAAAAAAAAAUAUAUACAUAAAUAAAUAAAAGACAGAUUGUUGUUGACCAGCAAAAAUGGUAAUGGAUAUAAAAAUAGAUACAAUCAAGGUCAUGAUAUAAAAAAUAAAAUCUAAGGUCUGGAAUAGUUCUAGUACGUUUGCCAGAAACAGGGCACAUGAGCACUCUGCUCCAGGCAAAGAAGACCCUCAAGGUCACAAUUAAACGAUUAACUACACUUAAAGUUUAAAAAUAAACUGUACAGGCCACCUCUACAAAACAAGCUGUUUGGAAGAUUAGCAGGAAAUAAGCUCUUCCUGCAAGACUACAGGAAGAGAAUAUCACUGACAUCUUAAAAAAAAAAGUGAAGACCUACUUCUCUGCUAAGUACUUACAGUAAACGAGCACUAUUUUCAUAACAAAAAUAAUGUUUUUGUUGUUGAACUAACUCCUCUUUGAUAAGGUUUUAUCUUGAUACUAUGCUAGUACAGACCCUGACGUAUUUACACUACCAUGAGCAUAGAUUCCUGAUGGAUACUAUAAAGUAGGGGGCACGGUGGGUGAAUUGGUGAUUAGCAUGUCCUGCCUUGUGGGCCUUGAGUUGGCAUGUUUUCCCCAUGCUUUGGGGGUUUCCUUUGGGUACUCUGGUUUCUUCCCCAGUCCAAAGGUUGAUUGGAAUUUCCAAAUUGUCUGUAGUGUGGGAAUGUGUGUGUGAUGGGUUGGCACCCCAUCCAAGGUGUUCCCUGCCUUGUUCCCCGAGUCCUCUGGGAUAGUCUCCAGGCUCCCCGCUACCCUGUGUAGGAUAAGUAGUAUGGAAAAUAGAUGGAUGGAUAGACUAUAAAGCACUUCUGUUAGUUGCUCUGGAUAAGGAUCAGCUGCUAAAUGCUAUAAGUGCAAAUGUUUUCCAAUGUCUUUGGCAUUUUAAGAACCUUUUGGUCUGAACCAAAAGAAUAAUUCUGCAUUCGACUUACCUUGGAAGGCAGAACUCGAAUUACGUCAUUUUCGACCUCCACGCGUUUGUGCUACAAAGUUGGAUCCUUCCACGUUCGUCUAUUGUUACCAUCAAGCUAGCCAGCUAAGUGUGAUGAGUGAGGUUUAUUUUCCUCCUCGAAACAGCGAACUAUAUAGUCUUAUAUAGUGUACAGUGUUACAUAUUUAACAAGCGAAUAUGUCUAUGUUCCUUGAUCUAAAGCUAACACUUGUGUAUAUACAGUAUGCUGAUCCUGUGAGCAGCCAUGUUGAUUUGAUGGCACUUGCUGAACUCGGGCUUGAGGGGACCGUCCCGAGUUCACGAGUAGGAAUUCCUAGUCGAGAGGGUGCUUUCUUUGUGUUUUCCAAGGUCCGAGAUCACAGAAUUUCUAUAUAUGCUGUAUACUGUAUAUCGGAAAGGUUUCGGUCUGUAACAGAGAAGUUGACAUAGAAGAAAACAAAAAAACAAAUAUAAUAUUAACCUAAUGUUAAUCCACGGCGGGGUUGGGGUGGGGGGUUAUGGAGGAAAUAUGGACAUGAAGAGUGUAAGAAAAGCAUAUAGGACAGAAGUAAAGGAGAAAGAGAGACUAGUAGAGCUCAGGAGACAGAUGUGAUAGAAUGGUUUUAUUGGAUCUAACUGGCUGUGGGCAAAAAAACUCAGACACUGGAUGAUUGAUUUACUAUGACAGAAGUGCACCCAAACUGAAGCUCAGCUCUCUCUUACUCACACACACUGCUAUACCCCCCCAAAAAAAGUUUGCUUUGAGCCCAGAAGUAUAAGAGAACUCGAGUUCUUGAAGUUAUUUGAAUUAUUUAGGUUGUUGGUUAUUUAAAGCCCUGCAGACCUCCACUCUGCCCUCCUGCUUUCCACCAGCAUGUUGAAACUCUCCACGGCUUGCUCUCUGAAUAAACACGCUUCUCCUAGGAAUUAUAGUUCCUGAAACCUUAACUUUCUUUUCCCAAGAGACAGACAGGGCUGUGCGAGGCAGAGUUUCCUUGUCAAAGCAUUUUUAGGCAGUCGGUAUGCUUUCGUGGCAUCUGGACCAACUGUGCUAGCUGGUGGGGUGAGUAGUUCUUAGUGAAGUCCUGCGGGAAAACGACGCAGCUGAAGAAGGGACAGCUACACUACAGCGAGCAUGCUUAGAAACCGCUGUCACCUUCAGUUAACGUCAGCCAGCUCUCAAUACACCAUUUCCUGUUCAGGUUAGGAAAUAAACAAGGCCAACGUGAUGACAUGUUCUGUUAAAUGGAUGUAUAAUUAAACUAUCAUGCACAAUUAUCACCUAUCUAUCGAAACAAUUCUGUCCGAAAAUUGUCAGAGAAAUAUCUAUUAGUGUUUUUAGUCAUGGGAGGCACAGAAAUGACAAACGUGGUUUAUUUAUUUAUUUUUAAGUCAAUGCUAUAUCCCACUGUAGGGACUUCGAUCGUGGAGUCUGCACUACUUACUCAAACGGACAACCUGGCCAAGAUAUUACAUGGCUGAUUCCUACUUCUUCAUGAGGGGAAAGUUCAUUUAGUCUCGAAACUAUAACUGAUCACUCGCUGCGACGCACACGUCGUUCACUCCUGUUUGUCGAGUUUGUUUAAACAUUGUCACUGAAAAACUCUUGGCCGUCAACAGACAAUUAUCUGGUCUAGUAGAUCUUAUUUAUAUUGGAUGCGGACAGAAAAUCAUUGCUCUUUGGGUCAAGAAAACCACAAGCUUUUGGAACGAGGGAACACUAGGCAUGCAGUAGAUGAUUUGGAAGAUGAUGGGGGCUGAGGAGAUCUACCAACAGGUUUAUUGUACCCCAACAUGGAUCAUACAUAAUCACGGAUACAGUAUGAGCCAGCAUACAGAUAAGGCACAUCGAUAGAUACCCAAGGCUGUGAAGCAAGGGUUAAAUUGGAGGUGGGUUCAAUGGAGAGGACUUCCCCAGCUUUUACGCUCUUCACAGUAAAACUGACAAGAAAAGAUAUUUAGAGUGAUGCCAUAGAAGAACCAUUCUGGACGUCCAUUUUCUGAGGAACGUUUUAUUGACGUCGCCACAGGUGUUACCGUUGUGUGAAAGGAUCUGGGCGUGGACAAUGAUUUCGUUUAGCUGGGCGGCUGUGGAUCAGGUGGUAGAGCGGGGUGUCCACUAAUCGUAGGGUUGGCGGUUCGAUUCCCGGCCCAUGUGACGGCACGUACUGAAGUGUCCUUGGGCGAGACACUGUACCCCAAGCUGGUCCCGAUGGCAAGUUAGCACCUUGCGUGGCAGCUCUGCAACCAUUGGUGUGUGAAUGGGUAACUGAGAACCAGUGCAAAUUCUUUGUAGAACCACUAAAGGUUAAAAAAGCGCUAAAUAAGUGCAGACCAUUUAGUUUAUUGUGGCAACAAAAAUCGGACUGAAAGCUUCUUCAGGAAAUGAAAAAAGCGUUCUUCAAGUAACCAAGAAUCUUUUCAGGCGUCGUUCUUUCCAUCUUUCUUGUUUGUAUUUUUUAAGUGUGUGAAUGUAAACUGCAAGUAGUAGCAAACUAAGCUCUGCUAAAAGUAAAUCGUGCGUGUGCAUUCGUGUGUGUUCUUACGAUGUUGUGCAACAGUCACAUCACUGCGCUGCUUGAGCACUCUCACUAAUGGCGUGGUCCACAAGGGCAGCCAAGCCAAGCCAAGCCAAUAUGCACCGUUCAAUAUUUUGGAGCGUGGCGAGAGGUGGAACAGUGACAGGUCACUCUGCAGGAGGCAGGAGGAGUUCUGCUCGCUCAAGAAGAGCCACUGACAGUGAAGGUGAGAGUGGAUUAAUGUGAGUUGAUGGCAAAAUGACACAGCAUGGGCCACUGUAAUGAUACUCUGGAUGUUUCUUUCUUUUUUUUGUUUGUUUUCCAACCACAUGGCCAAAGAAAGAAAUCAACCAUAGGUGUGUCAUAAACAAUUCCCACAAUAUUGAAGUGAUAUAUCAGGCUGCAGGCAACUGCACAACAACACAGCUUCUUUUAUACCUGCUCUCAGUUUGGAUUUCAACUAAAACAAAGACUAAGGAUUAAAAAAAAAAUAAAUAAAAAAAAUCAGGUGUCUACAUAGAUAUGUUGAUCCAUCGAGUAAUCAUAGCUGUUUUACACAUUCUAGGGGAAGCAAAAGAAAUGGAAAUCUUAAAUAAGAAGCUAAUCCUGUGCAGCUGAUGACCGUCUUAAGUCUCUGACCCAUAAACAUAACUGGAAACUGGGUAUAUUUCCAUGAUUCUCAGUAAUGCAGGCAUUUUCAGUUCCUACUUGUUUCAUAGGCUUUAUGAAAUCACCAGUAGGAUUCAGGUUUUGUGGUUGGCUAGUCAGGAACAUUCCAUGCUUUAAGUUCCUGACUUGAAAACCUCCUUAAGUGCUUCAUUGCUUUGUUGUGUUUUAAGGUGGAAAGUUGUGUUUUAAGGUGGAAAGCUGUUUACUAGGAUUUGGUGAAUUUGUUCUGCUGAUGCUGUUUGCAGUCAGUCAUCAAGAAAGACUUGUGGGUCAGCUCACACACAGCCAUGACGAUAAGCAUUUCCUUUCCUCCAUACUUCUCUCCUGUUACUGCUCGACUCGUCACGGUGCUUGUGCUUUUGGAAAUGUGGUAUUAUUUUUAAGCAUUGUGACGGUAUUGACACUUGUCCAGUCUUCAUGCCGAGAUGCAAACAGAAUCAGUUAUCACAUAUGGAAUUGAUUUGUGAGCUGUCUUUUGCAUAACCAUCCUGCUGAAACCCCUCCCCCAAAUAAUAGAAACACCAUCACAGAAAUUCUAAUGGUUUCCACUACAAAUACCAUUACAAACCAUCAGCUAACCAUUAAAACCCAUUACCAUUAUUGGUUCUUAAUGGUAUCGACUAGACAUAACAUGCCACCAAUAGAAGUCCACAAAUUACCAGUAGAGACCCAGAGGGACCAUUAGAGUUUCCAUUAAAACCAAUAAAAUUCCCAUUCAACCAUUACAAAUUCUAUGAGGGUUUCUACUGUAUUUUUUUUCCAGCAGUGGUUAAAGAUGCAUAACUUAAACAUCCAUAGAAAUAGACAACUGUGUAAUUGCAUUUGGUCCUCUAAAACUGCAGUUUCAUAACCAUAAACUGGAGAAAGAGGAUGAAUAUAGGACAAGCAGCAGUGUGAGCUGAGUCUUCUGACGGAACAACACCGCCAUCUUGUGGUAGGAAAUGUAAACGACACCGUGACAGCAAAACUAACAUAAUUACAAAAAACACACACAAAAAAAGGUUCAAAAGCUGACAAGUUUUUUUUUUCCUCUCUCUCUCUAAUUAAAUCCCCCUCAAACGAUUUAAACAACAUUUUUAACUGACAUGCCCGACAUGUUAGUCUGUAUCCUCCUACUUUAUAUCAUGUAAACUACUUAUAGCAAUCUGAGGUCAGCCUAUACGGCUAAAAGAAUCAGUGAAUAAGGAAAAGAAUGAAUCAAAGCUUUGAUUCACUUGAUUCAAUCCAGAGUGGAAUUCUAGAAAUAUCUAGAAAUUUCACUUUGCUUGGAUAACUUUUUUAUGUCUUAAUUUUUUGUAUAGAAGCCUAGCUAAUAUUACAAUCAUAUUUCAGUGCAACUAUUUAUUGCGCAAUUUAUAACGAACGAACAAACAAACAAACAAAUAAAUAAACCAGUUGAUAUUUAAGGGCUCUCUUUGUCCCCUGACUUGUCCUGACUUUUAAUACAGUACUGGUACUUUAAUAAGCUACCUAAAGUCACAUGACCUUGGUAGAGUACUGGUUUCCAUGGUAACAGCGUGCAGGUAUAGGUGCUCUCCCACGGCGCGCGCAGGUUCACACUCCGGCAGAUGGAUGGACCAAUGGACACAGCCACGCCUUCUCUAAAAGGCAAAGCAGACAGAUGGAUGCGUAACUCCUCUCUCAACUUGCACUGCACCAACUACCAACAGGACUACGGUAAAGAAGGAUUCAGUUCAUGCUUAGGUCAUCACUAUGGGACAGGCUACUCUGCCAAUCUGAAACCUGCUGGUUACUACAGUCCCAGCCGCGAGCUGCUUCACAACCCCAACCUCGGUGUUUCACUAUUGGACAGUUUUCAGUCCCAGACUAAACGCCAUUACCAACCACUGACUGUACCCAAUGGAGCUGAGGCGCUGCCUAGCAUGACAGACAAGAGCAGAGAAAGUGGAUACCUGCAACUUCACACACACCCCAGACCUAAAUUAGUAUCAUGCCAGACGGAGUAUAAGCGCAGUUACAGUCCUCAGAGGCCCACACUCUCAGUGUACCGUAAGCAUCAGAUGGUGGGAGCUAAAGAAGAGAGCGGAUUCACUGAGGGAACCAACCUGCAGUACAAUAUACUUCUACCCCAAGACACCCCCAUGGCCCACAAUUCAGGAGAAGCUCGUCAGACGCAAAACAGCGUGACGAGGACGGACUUCCGCCCUACAUCUGUCCUUCAGGGCAAUGAAGUGUUACCCAAAUUGGUCGCUCAUGCUCCUCGAGAGACUGCAUUCACCAGGGACACUCAGGAACUGCUCAGGACAUGCCCUGAUUCUCCGGUACCGGCGUGUCCUCACGGCCACAGACAGAAGAGCCUGCUGUUUGCCGAGAGAUCUAUUGGACGGAAGGAAAGCUCAGGCUUCAUCCUCAACACUCCCAUCCUCAAGACCCUGUCAGACACACCCUAUGACCCACUGCAGUUCCUCUCACACUACCACAACAAGUUUUGCGACAAGGCAGGUUUCGAUACGCUUAAGGCAGGCUGGAACAGAGGAGGUAUUCACAAACACAGAGACAGCGGAUAUAGCGGACGAGAUACAGACAGGUAUAAAUACUACGAACACAAUUAUGAAUGACACUCGUACGGUACCGCUAAAAAGACUCGUAUGAAAUCCACAUCGUAUGAAAUAAAGCAAAAUGAUCUGCCGAUAGAAUGACAAUUUUCAGCUUGAAAAAAUAUGUUCGCUCUUCCUUCUUCUCUCCUUCACAGGUUUAAUCUUUGUGGAUAUUAAGUCAUCCAUCGAAUAAAUGGAAAGCUGCUCUACUGA